AGAUCAGCAAUUAUGUUGUAAAUUGUUCCUGUAAUCAUAUGACUGCAUUUGCUGUGCUUAUGAUUGAUAUGAAGAACAUUGAUAAACAACAGUGGGAAAUCAUGUCAUAUAUCAGCUAUAUAGGCUGCAGUCUGUCUGCCGUAUUUUCUGCUGUUUCCAUAUUGUCCUAUAUUGUCAACAGUAAUGCCAGGAAAGAAGUGUCCAGACGCAUCCAUGUGUCUCUCAGUGCUGCUUUGUUUCUCCUCAACAUCAGCUUCAUGCUCAGUGAAUGGGCCGCCACACUGAAUAUAAAUGAAGUUUGUGUGUUUAUUGCUGUGACGAUACACUACAGUCUGUUGUGUUGUUUCACCUGGAUGGCCAUUGAAGCUCUGCACCUCUAUCUUCUUCUGGUCAGAGUCUUCAACAUUCACUUCAAGCACUACAUGGUCAAGCUCUCUCUGAUUGGAUGGGGAGUCCCGGCUCUUCUUGUUGGAUGCUUGCUGUCAGUUCAGAACAGUCGAUCUGUGUAUGGUACCAAAAACGUCACAUUAUCAGAUACCAAUAAAACAAAUGCAAUUACAGAGCCCCCUCACAAAGUUGCCUCAGCUCUGGUCCAGACCGAUGGUCCAGACCAGAGUCCAGACUAG